GGGCCAACUCCAGGGGUUCAUCCACGAGAGAGCAAAACAUACAGACUCACUGCUGCCAACAUGAUGGUGCUGAGAGUAGAGGAGCUGGUAACAGGGAAGAAGAAUAGCAGUGGGGCCGCAGGGGAAUUCCUUUCUGGGGAUUUCAGAGAUGGAGAAUAUGAAGCUGCCAUUGCUUUGGAGAAACAAGAGGAUUUGAAGACUCUUCCAGUCCACCAUGUGAACCCAGAGGAGCAACAAUGGAAAAGUGAGAAACAGCGAGAGGCAGAGCUCAAAAAGAAAAAAUUAGAACAAAGAUCAAAGCUUGAAAACUUGGAAGACCUUGAAAUAAUUGUUCAACUGAAGAAAAGAAAAAAAUACAAGAAGACUAAAGUUCCAGUUGUGAAGGAACCAGAACCUGAAAUUAUUACUGAACCUGUGGAUGUGCCGAGGUUUCUGAAAGCUGCGCUGGAGAACAAACUGCCAGUUGUAGAGAAAUUUCUGUCCGACAAGAACAGCCCCGAUGUCUGCGAUGAGUAUAAACGGACCGCUCUCCACAGAGCAUGCCUAGAAGGACACUUGGCAAUUGUGGAGAAGUUAAUGGAGGCUGGAGCCCAGAUUGAAUUCCGUGAUAUGCUUGAAUCCACAGCCAUCCACUGGGCAUGUCGUGGAGGAAACCUGGAUGUCCUGAAACUGUUGUUGAACAAAGGGGCCAAAAUCAGUGCCCGAGACAAGCUGCUCAGCACAGCGCUGCACGUGGCGGUGAGGACUGGUCACUACGAGUGUGCAGAGCAUCUCAUCGCCUGUGAGGCGGAUCUCAAUGCCAAGGACAGAGAAGGAGAUACCCCACUGCACGACGCUGUGAGGCUGAAUCGCUAUAAGAUGAUUCGGCUCUUAAUGACCUUCGGGGCAGACCUCAACACCAAGAACUGUGCUGGGAAGACCCCCAUGGACCUGGUACUGCACUGGCAGAAUGGAACCAAAGCAAUAUUCGACAGCCUGAAAGAGAAUGGCUACAAAACCUCUCGCAUAGCUACAUUCUAAGGAAGGAGACUAUCUGCAGGAGCUGUUCACAGGCAUUUCCAAAGCACUGCUUAACAGAAGAGCAAGCAGCUAUAUCCAGCUUUUGUCUGCCAGAGGGUAGGGAGAAAGACUUACAGACGCUGCAAGAAAGCGCUGGGUUAUAGGUGUCAAACUCUCCUUCAGUGUUGCUCACUAUUGUAUUUAUUCCUAUUUAUUUAUUUAUUUAUUUCCUAACAUUGAUAUUCAGGCUUUCACGAGCAUUUUUGGGGGGAGUAAAACUUAAUCUGUAUGCAGCAUUCAGCGUCCUCCCAUAGAUCUUAAACCUUGUGGGUGAAUGGCGUCUA